AUGUUAGAUGAACUAUAUAAAGCAGAACGUGAAGAGAUGGAAAAGAAACUUCAAGCAAAAGAUGAAGUCAUUGAGGCAAAAGACAAAAGCAUUCAGAAAAGAAUACCACGUUCGGUACCAAAAGGUAAGGAAAAGAACUAUAAGUAUAUGAUUUAUACUGAAGAUAUGGAAGACAGAGAUAUGGUUAUGUUGCAUUUAGUCAGAAGAAACAACAAAAGCUUUUACGACCUUGCUAAGAUUUACAAAUCUGACAGAAAUUGGUUCUAUCGCGAAAACUUACCGAUUUCAAUGACCCCAAAUGAAGAUGUGAAACAAAUCGUUCAAGAUACGUUACCUCAAACACACUAUGAUAUUAAAGGUUGUACAAUACUUACAUUCAAAGAAGACUUAACAUUACUGAAGGAAAAAAUAACAGAGUAUUUUGACAACUUCAAACAAGUAGGGUAG